UAAUUCUGUAAAGUUGAUAAUUGCGCAUAGUAAUUUUUGUUUGCUUCCUUGUUUGUUUGCUAGCUAGCUUUGUUUGUUUGUUUGUUUGUUCGCUUGCUUGCUUUGCUUCUCUGUUUGCUUGUAUUGGUUAUUGAUUCAAUAUAUUUUUAGUUACUUAGUUUCUAUUCACUUGAGUGGACUUUUACAUUUACAUUAUAUAUUUUAUUAAGAAAAUUUUAAUUUAGAGCAUAGUUACAAAUCUACAAUCACAUUAUCAACAUUCAAAUAGUUAUUGGAGUAAGAAUAUAAAAUUACAUAAUAGCUGUAGAAAGUUCAUAAUUUUAUUAUAAUUACAAUCAUACAAGGUGGAGGAUCAGGUCAAACGAUUCAUAAAAACUAAAAUUUCGAUAAGUAACUUAUUUUUUCCAACCCAAUCUGUAGACACAUAUCAGCUUCUCCAAGGAUUUAUCAAUUUUUCAAAUUAUUCAUAUUCAUCCACCCCUUGAAACCCUUGAAAUAACGUUGCAAAUAUCUCUAUCUAAUUAUCAGUUUCCACUUACUAAGCCUUGAAUAUUCUCGAUUAUAGAAAAAUUAUUUUGAAUUUUCAAGUUCAAUACUUGUAUAAUGAUAGCAGUUAAUUCAAAAUUUUGAUCAAAAUAAGUAUGAAUGCUGCACAUUUCACUCCAUCUAAUAAUAAUUCUCAUUCAUAUAAUUUCGAUAUGAACCGUGAUAGCUCGAAAGAUACAGUUCUCAAGCUGAAACGGGAAAGGGAUUCAGAAUCGCAUGAGGAAAGCGGUUUAAAAAAGAGGAAGUUAGGUGAAACCCUUGAAAGUAUAAAUAAUAAUAACGAUCAUGAAACAAAUGAUAUCAAGUUUGAUGUAGAUAAGGUUGAGGGUGGUCAGGAUGUCGAAAAGUCCUUAGUUUUUGAAUGGGCAUGCGUAAAAAAUGAAAAGGGACUUGAGGUGGGUGAUGGAUGUUUGGAAAGUGGGGCAAGGGAUUUGAGCGGUGGUGGAGAAAAUGGGUUAGAUGCCGAUGAUGAUUACUAUGAUGAUGACGACGAUGAUGAUGAUGAAGAUGAUGAUGUAAGUGAAGCAAGGCGCACUCCAGGAGCGAGUACUUGUACUACGUUGCAGUCUCCUAUUGAUUCCCUAGCAGAAUCAGCUGUUCAGAGCAGUCUGGUUGACGAAUCAUGCAGCGAUCAGCAGCAAAGCCCCGACAGCAUGCACCACCUGGUGGCGGAACAACAAACUACUACAAACAACGAGCUAAACAGAGUACCAAAGGAUCUAGACACAGUACUGUCAUCCAGGACCCGCAGAAGUGCUGAGUCCCAAGACACCGAGGAUGUAAUGCUGGCAAAGUACAGGAGAUGGGUGAUAAAAACAUACAGCGACCAGUCGAAAACUAAAACCGUAACCGAGAACAAGUAUCGAAGAAUUGUGGAAACACUGAAAGGAAAAAUACCUCAGUGUACUGAAAACUCGAAAUUUCGAUUUUGGAUUCGUUCGAGAGGAUUCCGGAUUGGAGGAGCUGCACCUGAUAAUGGAGAACAGCUCUACGUUUCCACUAAAGAGGGUUACAAGAAAGUUGCUGUCGUUGAGAGAUUCUGGGAGAUAAUCAGAGGGGUCCACCUUGUCAAGGGAAAGAAUGCCACCAGUCACGCUGGCCAGAAGAAAACUUACAGUGCGAUACGGGAAAACUACGCUUUCCUACCUCGUCUUGCUGUCACCAAAUACCUUCUCGGAUGCUUGGAAUGCUACAAAAGAUCCUACGAGUCAUCCGGUCACCACAAUGCUGAUGCUGAUUGUGAACCACCACUGACAUCCGUCAAAGCAGCUGAGACAUCCGAAAAAGUCCCAACUUUGAAACUCAAAAAAACUCAAAUCAAAACUAGAAAUACUGAGGUUGAUUCGUGGUCAUCCAAUGAAAUCAAAACAGGUUCAAACAGCUGUGACUCUGAAGAGACACCAAAUGAACCCACUGAUAGUUGUAAAUCUGAUCAGGUAUUCGAAGACGACAUAAAAUCCCAAACACAUGAGCAACAGGUUUAUGACAUAAAUAGAGUAAACACUGAUGAAUCAAUUGAUAACCAUGCUAGCACAUCUACACUUGACGUACAGGAUCAAAAUCCCACAGACAUAUUCGAUUUACCUGCUACGGCACCCAUUGAUCUUUGCUUGAAAAAACCUCGUCAUCUUUCAUCAGAUGAUGUCGAUGAUGCGAUUUCCUCCACACGCUCGAAACAUGACACACAAUUACACAGUAACACAUCACAUUAUGUUCCAUAUUUUAAACCAACACCAAGACAAACAUCUGAGAUGCAACACGCACAUUCCGAUAGUAGAUGCAGUGAUGCAUCCACGAAAGCAUCCACUGAUUUUCCAUUGAUUAGUUGUCACGUUCAUCCCAAAAACACAGUAAUCUGUUCGCCCCGGAACAUGUACUCAGAUGAGUACCAAACUAUGAAAGAUGUAGGUCAGUCAGACACAGCCAAAAACGAUGAAGUAACUGAUAACACAUAACCACCACUCAAAAUGUUUACAGCUUCACAAGA